CUGCAGGACCUCGCGAGCCAGCUGGAAGGGCAGCGCACGGCCUCGGAGCGUGCCGCCGCGGACGCUGCGCUGCAAAGCCACCGGCUGGAGGAGUCGCUGACGCAGAAGGAGGAGCAGCUGCUGGCCUGCCAGGCCGCCCUGCGCGAGCUGGACCCCUCCCACGGCCACCCGCUCCGCGGCGUCAGCGUGCACCACGUGUGCGGCGGCCUCUUGGACGCCGUGCGGGAGGCGCAGCUCAGCCCCAGGGCGCCGCUGCGGGACCUCGAGGGACCGCUCCUGAGCCGCAGGGGCGAGGCCGUGCCCUGCCCACGCGACGGGCUCCCGGGGGCCACGUACGUGGACUGCCUCCGCGGCGUGGACGAGGCGGGGGCGUCCGUCCACCUGUUGAGCUGCAGCGACACCCUCGCCGUCCAGGACCUCGCGUCCGCCCUGCAGGACCACUGCCGCCGCUCGGGCGCAGACCCUCGGCGCACGUACCUGUGGCGGGCCUCGUUCUGCCGCCUGCGGCGGCGGCCCUCGGGCGACCAGGGCGUGUCCGCGCCAGGCCCGCUGCGCGGCACCUUCCAGGUGGAGCACUCGGAGCAGGCCCGGCAGGUCGGCAGCGUGCUCGCCGUGGUGGAGCGAUGGGACUGCCCCGAGUACCUGCUGCGCCUGUGGGCCGCCUCCGCGCUGUUCGGAGCGCCGAUGCCUGGCCUCGGGCUCUGCGAGCUCGAAGUGGCCCUGCACCCGCGCGACCGUCAGCAGGUGCGCGAGGCGCUCCUUGGCAGCGGCGCCGCGCUCGGAGGCGCCUGGAGGGCGCUGCAGCAGCGGUGUGCAGAGGCCGUGCAGCAGCUGGUCGCCGAGGACCCUUACGGCCAGGUCCACCGCCCGAGCGCCGGGGCCACGGCAACCGGUGCGGCGGACAAGGUGGCCCAGCGGAUGCGCGAGUGGCUCUCGAAGUUGCUGGAGGGCCACGUGCGGGAGCUGCUCAUCUCCGGAGAGCUCAGCGGCGAGCCAGGCGCCUUGGUGUGCGACAAUGUUGGGUGGAUGCUGCGGGAGUCCGAGCUGCACGAGGUGGCUGGCAGGCUCUUCCAGGACGGCCUGCAAAUGUCGAUGGAGGCAGCGCGCGACCGCGGCGGCCGGGGCAGCUCUCACGCCCGCGGGACCGACAGGAACCACGCGCCACGGGCGGACGUCGCGACGCGGCUGGACCUUUACGAGGCGAUGACGACGCUGGAGGUGUACGACCAGGUGUCCUGGAUCUUCGAGCACGUCGAGGAGCACGAGACGCCGAGCGUCGCGACGCUGCUCACCACGAUGGGGGUCCUGAAGUCCAACGUCGGCGACUACGCGGGCGCCCUGGAGGCCCUGUGGCACGCGCGCAGGAUCCGGGUCUCCACUGGCACCUUCGAGGGCCCCGCCGGCGCGGUGGUGAUGCAGAACAUAGGCUACGCGCACGACGCGGCCGGGGACCUGCCGCGGGCCCUCGAGGCCUACCAGGAGGCCGCCAGCCUCCGCCACGCCGCGGGCGCCACGCGGUCGCCCAACGGCGUCCGGCUGCAGGAGGCCACGAGGUGGCGCUGGUGCGCCCCAGUUCCGCCGGCCCCGCGAGCCAGGGCAGCACCGAGGCCUUCGGGUGAGGAAAUGCGCGUUUCUGUCGCAAGCGUGCGUUAGGCAUCACGACUCCUACGAUGAGGUUGCCAUUUUCAUGUAUCAAUAGACCAACCCUGAACGUUCUGCGACUUACGCAGCAAUAUGCUUUGACUGUAUCACCCGCGUCGCGUAUCACCCGCUUGGAAAAUGCGUUGUAGUGUUGUAUGUGUGUGGCUGUUUAUCUUCAUGCAUGACGGAAUGCCGUAAUUUAUCGGGCCAGGGCGAUGUACCUGAAUCAACGAAACGCCAAGACGAAGUCUUUGGUGAUGCAUGCGCCGUUCCAAGUUCUGUAUACACCAUGCUCCUGUCCGCCACGUGCUGAUCGCACUGUCUUGCAUCGUGUGCGAACAACAUGUCCGUAUCCGCGGCAUCGCGGGCUUGGCGCCUGGCUUGGGACCCCGCGGAUACGGGGCGUUUUUUUGCGGGUGCCCCGCGUGGAAAGUAUCCGCGGGACGGCGCACCAUAAUCCAGACCGUGAGGGCACGGAUACGGACAUGUUCGUCGUUCGUGAUUGCAGGCUCAAGAGGCCGUCCGUUUCACUAGCUGCACGUUGUUUGACUUUGGCAGCGUCUCAACGCUCUUGGCAA